AUGGAUAUCACGAGUUCCAGUCAAGCUCAAGGAAUUAACCUUGAGAAGUCAAAGACCGAGGUCAGUGUCUUACAGCCGAUCGAGAUUGACGGACUUGGACCAAUUGUUCAAGAUUGGACAGAAGAGGAAGAGCGCAAAGUGAGGCGAAAAGUCGACUUCAUCCUCAUCCCCAUCUUGGGACUUGCAUUCUUCGCACUUCAGCUCGAUCGUGGGAACAUCUCGAGUGCCUUGACAUCGACACUGACCAAAGACUUGGGAAUCAAUACCAAUCAAGUCAAUGUUGGCUCCCAACUACUUUCCGCUGGUAUUGUGUUGCUCGAGAUUCCAUCCAACAUUAUUCUCCAGAAAGUCGGACCACGUCCAUGGCUUUCAGUCCAGAUUCUCGCUUGGGGACUUGUAGCUACCUUCCAGGCUUUCAUCUCGAAUUAUGCCUCAUACCUGACUACUCGACUACUUCUGGGUCUUAUGGAAGCAGGUUUCAUUCCAGGCGCUCUCUACUACCUAUCCACAUGGUACAAGAAAGGUGAAACGAGUCUCAGGGUCACAUUUUUCUUCUUCGGUCAAAUGUUCGCCAACGCUACAAGCCAGCUUAUAGCAGCAGGCCUACUAAGUCUCGAAGGCAAACGUGGUCUUUCUGGGUGGCAAUGGCUAUUCCUCAUCGACGGUCUGAUCACCAUCCUUAUCGCCUUCCUCUUCAUCUUGUUCGUCCCUCCCAGCGCCGGAGACGGACACGCUCUGAUCACAUUGGGCAAAUUCAAUUACUUCACAGAGCGAGAGUCACACAUCAUAAAGAACCGCGUUCUUCUCGAUGAUCCCCAGAAAGCCCGAGGAAAGAUCCGUAUUUCUGCACAUGAUCUCAUUUCUGUCUUCAAACAGCCAAGAGUCUGGGUACAUGUUUUCAUUACUAUGCUACCUAUCUCUGCUGUUCAGGGUCUCGGGACUUAUACACCGAGUAUUAUCAAGAGUCUCGGCUUUGGCACUGUGAAGGCGAAUGCAAUGUCGAGUGUGGGUAUCUACUGCGCAAUUGUCUUUGUGGCUAUUCUAUCAUAUUUCUGUGAUCUGACGGGACAAAGAGGCCCAUUCGCACUGAUCAGUGCAACGUGGGCUGUGAUCACCUACUCCUGCUUGCGAACCGCACCCAUUACAUCUGGCAAGUGGCACAGAUAUGGUCUGAUCACACUUGCAAACGUCUCAUAUGCCAGUGUUCAGUAA